AUGCCGUUAUUCUGGCCUUCUUCCCUCAAGCUUGUCCGCCAUCUUAGCCCCUGCACCCUCCGAAGCACUGCCAUUCGGACUCCCUGGGAAAUCCCGGCGUCAACCCUUCUCUUCCGCCCAUCUCAUUCUCUCUCCUUUCCACCUCAAUCAGAGGACUAUACAGAUAUGGCGUCCAAGGAGGGGAAGUCUAGCAAGAUGAGCUUCCAGCUCAAGACGCCCAAGGGCACAAGAGAUUGGAUGGGUCCUGAUAUGAUUCUUCGGGAAUCCAUCUUCAAGGCCAUCACCGAUGUUUUCAAGCGCCACGGCGGUACCCCCCUUGACACCCCUGUCUUCGAGUUGAAGGAAAUCCUCGCGGGCAAAUACGGCGAGGACUCUCGUCUUAUCUACGACCUGGCAGACCAAGGCGGAGAGGACUGCGCCCUAAGAUACGAUUUGACCGUGCCCCUUGCACGAUGGCUCGCCAUGAACUCCUCUAUACAGCACAUUAAGCGAUACCAGAUUGCCAAGGUCUACCGACGAGAUCAGCCGGCAGUUGCCAAGGGACGCAUGCGCGAGUUUUUCCAGUGUGAUUUCGAUAUUGCCGGCACCUACGACCCUAUGAUCCCCGACGCCGAGAUCCUGCGUAUCAUCGUCGACGUGUUUGAGGCUUUGGACCUCCGCGACUAUAUCACAAUUAAGCUCAACCACAGAAAAAUUCUGGACGGCUUGUUCGCGGCCUCUGGUGUGCCCGAAGAUAAGAUCCGCACAAUUAGUUCUGCGGUUGAUAAGCUGGAUAAGCUACCAUGGGAUCAAGUCAAAGCGGAAAUGGAAGAAAAAGGACUUGCUCCUGAAGUCGCCGACAAAGUCGGAGAAUAUGUUAAGCUGAACGGUGGCCGCGAGGUUCUCGAGACCCUCAAGGCCGACGAACUGCUUUCUGCCAAUGAAGAUAUUCAAAAGGGGAUUGAAAACAUGGAGCUGCUCUUCAAGUAUACGGAUGCCUUCGAGGUAUCGGAUAAGAUCUCCUUCGAUCUCUCGCUCGCUCGCGGUCUGGACUAUUACACUGGUUUGAUCUUUGAGAUCGUUACCCCUCUUUCCUCCGCAGAAGGGUUCAAGCAGUCCCAGAAGAAGAAAUCCAAGUCAAAUGGAGAUAAAUCGGAUGAUCCUAAUGUCGGCGUGGGUAGUAUCGCCGCCGGUGGACGCUAUGAUGACCUCGUGAAUAUGUUUAGCAAGAAGCGCCAGAUCCCCUGUGUCGGCGUUUCUUUUGGCGUGGACCGCAUCUUCACCAUUAUGAAAACACGAAUGGAGCUGGCUGCGAAGGAAAGCAACACUACCGUUCGCGCUAGCGAGGUUGAUGUCUUUGUGAUGGCUUUCGGUGGAAAGGGAUUUACCGGACUUCUCCCUGAACGCAUGUCUGUUGCCAAUAAACUCUGGAAUGCUGGCAUCAAGGCCGAGUUUGCUCCCUCGGUCAAGCCCAGACUGCCACAACAAUUCAAGCUGGCUGAGGCCGGUGGGGUGCCACUCGCGGUCAUCCUGGGAGAGGACGAGUUGGCAGCGGGCAAGGUCAAGCUCAAGGAGCUCGGAUUGCCCGACGGCCACCCAGAAAAGGAAGGGUUCCUGGUGUCGCAGGACGACCUGGUAGCGGAGAUCAAGAAGAAGCUGAACAAGUCCACCUAA